AUGUUGGAGGGGGAUAAGAUGUGGAUCAGAUCUGAGAUCUGGCUAUGCGGAUAUGACAGUAGCCAAAAAAAUCCCUUUAUCGACAAUGAGGCAUCUGAUGAUGAUGAUGGGGAGGAGGAGGAGGAGGAAGAGGAGGAAAACUCACAGGUGGAGGGUGAUGAUGGCCCUUCUGUGCAGUCAUUGAAUGUUACACACUUGCCAGGACCUUCAUCAGCCAAGGAUAGGCUAUCUGCAGUGAUCAAUCACAUCUCUGACAGGUAUGAGAAUGCCCCAAGCACCUGUCAUAGAGUGGUCUUAUCCUCUGGCACAGUCCCAAGCAGGAUGUACCUUCUCCAUGUUCACAGAUCUGCCAUGCAACAUGUUGCUGAACAUCUCAGGAGCAAUGGAGUUGCAGUUACUGAUGAUAAAAUCAUGGGAUGUCUGGAGCUGGUCGCCUCCCCUCAUGCUAAUGACAUUCAACUACAUCUCCAGUCCAGGUGGGAUGUACCUUUCUUCAAGAAAACUCUGAAGACCUUUUCACUGCAGUUCUUGUGUGUUAGUGAUUUAGCCAGGCCUAUCACAGGAGAAGUCUGUCAAGAAAUUGGCAUGGUCAUCUUGACAAACCAUGCAUCUGGCUCUGCAUGCUUAAAGUUCAUUAUCAAUGGACAUGGACAAGAACUGGAAUUUCGACUCCAGGACAUUGAGCAUGUCUUUUGGGUUGGUGACAUGGUUCGAGUUGUAGUGGGUGCUUACACAGGUCUGGAAGGGCACAUCAUUAAGAAGUCUGAGGACUUGUUUCAUGUGUGUCAAGAAGCCACCAAUGAAGAGGUGGAAGUAUUGAAGUACUACCUAGAUCAUUGUCCUUUAACUCAUGUUCUUCAAUCCUGGCCACCAAUGCAGCCAGAUUUUGACCCUCUCCCUGAGCCCAAAUCUCUUCAAAUCAGGGACAAGAUAGAAGUAUGUGUGGGAGAGUACAUGGGGAAAUGCAGGAUUGUGGUGUGGUUUCCUAUUGGGGGGACUACACUGUGGUUCCAGGCUGGGGGCAAUAUCAAGGAUGAGUUGAUCAACACCCCCACAGCAUUUGUACAGCACAUUUGUCCCUUCAAGACUCUCCAAUUUACCAAUGAAAGGGGUUAUGAUGUUAAGCCUGGAGACAUUGUGACUGUUGCCUGUGGGCCAGAGUUCCAGAUGAAAGGGGUGGUGCAAGCCAUGGACUUUUCAAACGCAUGCCUGACCCUGAUUUCUGAGGGUGAUUACUCACUCGUCAACAUUCCUACUGGAUUUGCCCUGAAAAUAUCCAACAUGAACCUGGAUUCAUUUUGUGACAUCAUUGUCCCAUCCAGUUCUAGUAUGGAUCCCAGCUCCAGCAAGUGGUCCAACUGGUCCAGCCAUAACAACCAUGAUUUGACAGAUAGCCUUUCUGCUGGUGUCAAGACAUAUGACCCCUGGGUUGCUAAUAAUGCAGAGGACAUCGAGGAUGUCAUUGCAGAUAUAAAGGAGAAAUCCUGA